AUGAAGAUUAAAUUUCAUGUCGGAAUCAAGAAGCUAUUUGCAUGCAACGCUAGUCGAGAGGACAAUCAUAGGCAAGCAGACAUGGACUUCCAAGAAGAGUACGUUAAUGCAUUUCGGACCGAGUCGUACACUGAUUUUUGGACACGUGUACUUGCGUUGGAGGAAGGAACACAUAAUACAUCUCCGAGUGUAGGGUCCACUUCAGCUGCACGGCUUCAUUCGUAUCGAAUCUUCGCGGAGCAUCUUUUGGAUCCAGAUCAAUCAACAGUGUCUAUGGUCUUAGAUUUGACCCGAAAUGAUCAACCCGAGAAGUUUUCCCUCUUGUCAAACUAUUUUUCGACUACUGCCGAUGCUUUCCAUUUAUGUGGACAUCUGCUUAAAGAUAUUGACCAUACCCGUUCAAGAUACAAAUAUGUUAAAGAUCCAUUUAGCCCUUCCCAAAGUGGGCUGACUGGCCCAUGUCCACAACUAAACCACUUACCCAUGAUAUUGGCCCGAUUAACCAAAUUCUCUAAAUCCAACCCAUUUACCCCAACGGCUCCAUCCGUCAGCCACUUUCGAGCUGUGCAAGCGAAUUGCUCGAACUUGCUCAAGCAACUUGAGUCGAGCCGUGACAAGAUACGUACAAAGCUCCGAAUAAUCGGCAAAAUAAAGUUUGGCUCAGCUGUUUUUCUAGUGGCUAUUACGGCUUCCCUGGCAAUAAUUAUUGCAACUCAUGCUUUUGUAAUGCUAGUGGCUGCACCCGGCAUCAUGGUUACUUCCCUCGAGCUAGUUUCUGAGAAAAAGCUGGUUAAGGAGUUGGCUCAGCUCGAUGCAGCUGCUAAAGGGACAUAUAUAUUGAUAAGGGAUUUGGACACAAUUAGUAGACUAGUGGCUCGGCUAAACGAUGAGAUGGAACACGUGCAUGAUGUAGUCGAGCUUUGGCUACAAAGAGGAGAUGAUCAGCUCCAAGCCAAUGGUAAAGUGGCUAGCCAGUUGAAAAGGAAUGAUCAAAGCUUCAUUGAACAUCUAGAUGAGCUAGAGGAGCAUUUGUACUUGUGUUUCAUGACCAUAAAUAGAGCAAGAAAUCUAGUCGUAAAAGAACUCUAA